AUAAAUAAACACGAAAAAUUUCAUUCCCACCGGCAGAAAGAAAUUUUCAUAAGAAAAGAAAAAUCAAUUUAUAGGGUGGUCGGUGGAGACUUUCACAGCGGCGAUCUGGUAGUUUCCGGCGAAUCUUCUUCUGUAAUGGAGUCUCACGGAGCCGGACUCCGCCGCGUAUUUCUCCUUGCAUUUUGUGUUGCCGGCAUUUGGGCUGCUUAUAUUUAUCAAGGCGUUCUUCAGGAGACCGUGUCCACGAAGAGAUUCGGUACCGAUAAGGAGAGGUUUGAGCACUUGGCAUUCUUGAACCUUGCUCAAAAUGUCGUGUGUUUGAUAUGGUCAUUUUUAAUGAUCAAGAUUUGGUCCAAUGGUGGAAAUGGCGGAGCUCCUUGGUGGAGUUAUUGGAGCGCUGGUAUUACGAACUCGAUUGGACCAGCUAUGGGGAUCGAAGCGUUGAAGUACAUUAGUUAUCCUGCCCAGGUGCUGGCAAAAUCCUCAAAAAUGAUUCCAGUGAUGCUCAUGGGUGCACUAGUUUAUGGGAUCAGAUAUAGCUUUCAGGAGUACCUUUGCACAUUGCUUGUUGCUGGUGGUGUAUCCACUUUUGCACUUUUAAAGACUAGCUCGAAGACAAUUAACAAACUCGCAAACCCAAACGCCCCACUUGGAUACGGUCUUUGUUUUCUGAACCUUGCUUUUGAUGGAUUCACUAAUGCCACUCAGGAUUCACUUACUGCCAGGUACCCUAAGACAAACGCAUGGAAUAUAAUGCUGGGAAUGAACUUAUGGGGUACAAUUUACAACAUGGUAUUUAUGUUUGGCUGGUCGAACGCAAUUGGAUACGAUGCAAUCCGAUUCUGCCAACAGCACCCCGAAGCAGCAUGGGAUAUUUUCCUCUUCUGCCUGUGCGGUGCAGUGGGCCAGAAUUUCAUAUUCUUGACCAUUAGUCGGUUCGGUUCUUUGACUAACACAACCAUAACCACAACUCGUAAAUUCGUAAGCAUUGUUGUAUCUUCUCUACUUAGUGGAAAUCCACUCUCGAAGCAACAAUGGGGGAGCGUUGUCAUGGUCUUCUCUGGAUUAUCGUACCAGAUUUACCUUAAAUGGAAGAAGCUGCAGAGAAUACAGAAGAAGAGGAAGUCCACUUAAAUUCCGAUACUAAGAUGUAGCAAUUUUUAUUUUUUUGGUUAAUAUCGAGUGAGGUGUAUUAGUUAUAUGCUUUAUUAUAGGAGAAUAUAUACUUGGACAUAUGCUCGUUUAUAGAUACAAACCAUCUAUCGAAGUUGUGAGAUGGAUUUCUUGUUAGUACCUUCGAGAUUCUUGUUAAUGUAUGUGCCUUACCGAUGAUUCGAACAGACAGCUUCUAUUGUAAGAGCUCCUUCGUCGAAAUUGUCGACAGGAUUUUUUCGUCGAAAUGAAAUUUUCUUUUUCAUCAAAA